CGUGAUGGUCUUUGACGUCGCCAACGUGUACCCGAACCUCUCGGCGGAGCUCAAGGGUCGGUCCGUCGCGCCGCGACUCACAACGAAAGCGGCGUUGGACGCUACCCGACGCAGUAGCACGCAACCGCCCCCAGCGACGGCGCCGGCCGCCCUGCGCCGCCAAUCGAGCGAGUCGCAUCUUGUAAAGCCAACGCGGCAAGAUACGCCAAAGCCAACAUGUGUGAGCAUUCCAGCGCUCACUCUACCCGAGCCGAAAGCACGGCGUCGGCAGCUACCGACAGCUGCGAUGACCGACGACACCAAGCACCAGCUCGCCAAGGCGCGGAGCCAGCUUCUGAAAUCGCCGCUGAUCGAAUCUGAGACCAACAACAACAACAAUAGCUUCCACCAAGCGCCAUUGACAGCGAGUGCGUCCACACCGAUGCUUCCCCGACGGAUCUCGAGCUCACCAGCGGAAACAAGUGUGCUGGAACGAAGUCUCUUGUAUAACGUGGGCAUACGGGCAAGUGCGUCCAUGCACGAGCUACUGCCCAUUGCGAGCAAGCCGCGAGCUCGGUUUGCCCGGCGCCAGCUCACGCCCAACGGCACGCCGCUGCCAUUGCCGCGGGUGUCGCAGCGGUGGCAGCCGCCAAAGAUCGGGUUUGGUCUCGAGCUGCCGCUCAACAAUGAAGCCGUCGAUGCGACGCCCGAGGACGCAGGUUUCUUCCUCACUGAAGUCGCGAUUCCGGGAGCGUACGUGCCCGUGACGGAGCAGUUGGCGCUCGCAUCGUACCAGCUCUACGCGUGCAACGACCUCACAGCCGCGGUGGCGACGCUUCAGGGCGUGCUUCGUCUAGCUGUGACGCUCGACGACGUUCCACUGCAAGCUCUUAUACACCACCAUCUCGGGACGGCGAAAAAAGAGAUGGGGCACAUUGCCGCGUCGAUUGCGAGCCAACUCGAGUGCAUUCGCCUCGCCACGUUCGUGGGCCACGCCAAGCUGCAGGGCCGCGGGCUCAAGGGUCUCGGCGUUGCAUAUGUGAGUACGGAGCAGUACAAUCGAGCGUACGAGUGCCACACCAAGUGCCUCCUACUAGCGGCCAGCGAAGGCGACUUGGACCUCGAGGGCCGGGCCCACGCCAACCUCGGCAACGUCUGCUCGGCGCAAGGGCAGAUGGACCAAGCGAUUGAGAGCCAUUUGAAGGACCUCGCGCUCAUGAUCGAGCUCGACUCGCAUGCGGGCCAGGCCCGCGCGCACCACAACCUCGCGCUCGUGUACGAGAAGAUCAACCACCCGUCCAAGCAAAAACAGCACGAGAAGAUGCGCAAGGCACUCGGUACGAUGCCGUUCGUGUACGACAUGCUCAACCACGCAUAUGACGCCGUCGGCAACAUCUACCUCCAAAUGGAGUCGGACGCGACGCCAAUCGCAAAGAAGGUGGGUGACGCGCUACGUACCCUCGCGCAGUCGUCGUAGCUGCUCAUUGAAACGCAACUUGUCGUUAUUUGAUGGUACUGAUGGGAGACUAUCGAGAUGGGAGUCGUUGGAUAGAUCUUUGCAUACGGGUACAUCGCCUGAGGUUGUAUUUGCGCCAAAUCACGGCAUCUAUCUAUCUAUCUAUCUAUCUAUCU